AUGUCUUGCAGAACCAACUUCGAACCUCCUAGUCCCUCCUUCCAUACCACAACGACGACCUCUUUGGAUACGAUUGCUGUUAGUACCACCUUAAAGGAAAAGGAUACAUCAAUCAUCAAUUCCAGUGUUGCCGAGCCUUCAGUAAUUCUUGAUCCCGGUAUCAUAUUGCCUCCAUGCCAACCUUUUACGAAAGACCUCUUUGAGAAAGGAGAUCCAUCUGUGAAGGCCGCUCGGAAAGAGUAUCUGAAGUCAUAUUUGACUGGAUUACUCAUGGUAAUUCUGACGAUAUUUUCCGUAUUCGCUAUCUACUGGGGGUCGCUUUGGAAGGUUCCUGCGCAUUCUUUGAGGGGAUGGAUUGUCGAUUUCGAUGGCGGGAGAGUGGGGCAAGGUGUUACCCAAACAUUUCUUGACAUUAAUCGGUCCAAUCAUGUCAUUAAAUGGAAAGUCAUUCCACCAAGUAAGUUUCACAAGGGAGUCACCGAUGUCGCCCACGCUUUGAAGGACGAACAGACAUGGGCGGCCAUUGUCAUUAAUGCAGGGGCUAGCGACGCACUACAGGCUACCACUGACAGUCCAGACCCCACGUAUAAUGGAUCACAAGCGAUUACCGUCUACGUGUCUGAGGCGCGAAAUGAGAACGCCUAUCGUGCUUUUAUUCGUCCAGUUGUACAAAUGACACUGGAAACUUUCAAACUUGAAUUCGCUAUCCAGUUUGCGUCUGAAAUAUCCACUUUGCCUAACAUUGUCGACAUAUUGUCUGUCUCCCCCCAGACUUUGGCCAACCCUGUGUCCUAUACUCUCGUUAAUCUUAUACCAUUCAACCAGGCAGUUGCCAGCGCUGUCGUAUUCGUUGGACUCAUUUAUCUAUUAAUUUUAUCCUUCUUCAUCGUUAAUAUUGCUUUUCACGCUCGUCAUGUUUCUGGCUUAGAAACUAUGUUAAAUUUCAGUUUGGCAUUCAAGCUUGAUUUAACGAGGAAUUACGGACAGGCUGGUUUUCUCGUUUUUUGGAUGUGUAACUGGUUUGGCAUGCUUUCUGUAGGAUUGGCUCUAGAAUCAUUGAUAACGCUCCUUACACCAAGAUAUAUUCCAUUUUUUAUGAUUCUUUGGAUCAUCGUUGACGUCUCCGUAUGCGUCUUCCCCAUCGAUGUUUUGCCAACGAUAUUCCAUUAUGGGUACGCUGCGCCGUUCUACAAUGUGUCGAAAUCCAUAAGGUCACUUGCCUUUGGGACUAAGGACACACUUGGCUUCAAUUUUGCUAUCCUUGUCAUAUGGAUCAUUAUCUCGUGCCUUUCCCUUCCAACCAUUCAAUGGUUUAUACGCAGAAAGCAGAUAAGGGAGAGGGAAGCGGCGACUUCGCACCUCACUCCCGAGAUCAACUUGCCAGGAGAUGUAUAG